AUGGCCCUUAGUAAAUCUGAGCUGUGCCCCCACUGGAGUCUUUUCCUCAGAUCUGAAGAAGCUGCUCCAAGAUACCUACACAAAAACUACCAUCAGUUCCUGGCCUUGAUGUUUACUGUCAUGGAGGUGAACAAGGAUCCAAUUCUCCUCCCCAACAUCACACUUGGCUUCAGCAUCUAUGAAAAUCAGAAGAUGGAGAGGAAGAUUUUCUUAUGCAUCUUCUCACUGCUCUUCACAUGGCAACGGAUGGUUCCAGGGUACAAAUGUGGCAGGCAGGACUCUCUGCUCUCUGUCAUUGGUGGUCACAAUGGCAAAUCAUCACGGCAAAUGGCCUCCAUCUUAAGCAUCUUCAAGGUCCCACAGGUUGGUGUUGACUUUGAGUUCACUCAAGAAGACAGAAGAGUUUAUCCUUCCUUCUUCCAGAUUAAUCCCAAGGAAUCUGUUCAGUAUGCGGGUUUGGUCCACCUGCUCUUGUAUUUCCAGUGGAACUGGGUUGGGCUGGUGGCCAACAAAGAUGAUGGUGGGGAACGUUUUGUCUCAUCUCUGAUACCAAUGCUCAAGGAAAAGGAGAUCUGCCUAGUCUUCACUGAAAUUCUUCCAUACUUGAGGACCAUCCAGUUCAACAACAGUGCUGGGGAUGAAAUCCACUUCUCAGAAAAUGGACUGGGGUCUUCUCGUUAUGAUCUUCUCAACUGGGUUCUCCUCCCCAAUCAUUCUUUUUUCUCCAUGAAAGUUGGACAAAUAGAUCCUGGGGCUCAUGCAGGACAAGGUUUCACUAUUAACUCCAAUGCAAUUGUCUGGGCAAAAAAGCCACCUUUCCAGUUCCUCAGCAAUUUAAUGCAGGAUAGGUUCAGGGCACAAUUCAUGAGUUCUCUAUUAGACUUUCUCAUCCUACUCUUACAUCUAACUACAUCCAGGAAAACCAGAUACCAAACUUUCCAUGAAGCAGUGGGAUAUUCUGCAAGCUGUGAUCCCUGCCCAGAAGACCAAUAUCCCAACAUGGACAAGGAUCAUUGCAUUGCCAAGAAGAUUCACUUCCUUGCCUAUCAAGAGCCUCUGGGACAUGCUUUAGCUUUGCUCACACUUUCUCUCUCCAUGAUCACAUUGGGAGUCCUAGCAAUUUUUCUUAAACAUCACGAUACACCAAUUGUCAAGGCCAACAACCGAGAUCUCACAUACAUCCUCCUGGUCUCCCUCCUGCUCUGCUUCCUCUGUUCCUUCCUCUUCAUUGGUCGACCUAGGAAGCUCACCUGUCUCUUCCGACAAAUUACCUUUGCCAUUCUCUUUGCCCUUGCAGUUUCCUCCGUGUUGGCAAAAACUGUCAUGGUGGUUCUGGCCUUCAUGGCCACCAAGCCAGGGAACAGGGCAAGGAAAUUCUUAGGAAAACCCCUGACCAACUCCAUUGUUGUAUCCUGUCCCCUGGUUCAAGCAGUUCUUUGUGUCACCUGGCUGGUAACCUCCCCUCCUUUUCCCAACUUGGACUUCCACACCUUGACUGGAGAGACCAUUUUGGAAUGUCAGGAAGGUUCAGCUUCAAUGUUUUAUGCUGUCCUCACCUACCUGGGUUUCCUGGCCCUCAUCAGUUUCACUGUAGCCUUUCUGGCCAGGAAAUUGCCUGAUAGCUUUAAUGAAGCCAAGUUCAUUACUUUUAGCAUGCUGGUCUUCUGCAGUGUUUGGAUCACCUUCCUCCCCACCUACCUGAGCACCAAAGGAAAGUCCAUGGUGGCUGUAGAGAUCUUCUCCAUUUUGGUCUCUGGGGCUGGUCUCUUGGCUUGCAUCUUUUUCCCCAAAUGUUACAUUAUCCUACUGAGGCCCCAUCUGAAUUGCAGAGAGACUAUAAUGGGGCACAAGAAUCUCUGA